AUGCGGUCUCCUUCUCUUGCACGGUUACAAUCCCGCGCGGUGUCUGGUUUGACCAGAUCAGCUCGUUUCCAACCCCAGACUCUUCUGCGCCAGCGAUGCGCUUCUACAGCCGCGUUCCGGUCCGCCGCUGUUGCGCCGACUUAUCAGUCGAAGUUGGGACAAUGGGACCAGCGCCGAAAUGCCUCUGCUGUUGCUUCUGCAGUUCUCGAGGCUGCUAAGGCCGACCCGGCGAGUCUAUCCCAAGCCACCAUUAUUGACAGUCUCGAUCCGGUCGAGGCCGCUCGUCUUAACAGGUGUCGUAACAUCGGUAUUGCUGCCCACAUCGACAGCGGUAAAACCACCUGUACCGAGCGAGUUCUUUUCUACACUGGUCGUAUCAAGGCUAUCCACGAGGUCCGCGGGCGUGACAGCGUCGGUGCCAAGAUGGACUCCAUGGAUCUGGAACGUGAGAAGGGUAUUACCAUCCAGUCUGCGGCCACUUUCUGUGACUGGGUUAAGAAGGAUAAGGAUGGUGUUGACCAGAAGUACCACCUCAACUUGAUUGAUACCCCCGGUCACAUUGAUUUCACCAUCGAGGUCGAGAGAGCGCUGCGCGUUCUGGACGGCGCUGUCAUGAUUCUGUGUGCUGUCUCAGGUGUCCAGUCCCAAACGAUUACCGUCGAUCGCCAAAUGCGCCGCUACAACGUUCCCCGUAUCUCAUUCGUCAACAAGAUGGACCGUAUGGGUGCUAACCCCUUCAAGGCUGUUGAUCAGAUCAACACUAAGCUCAAGAUCCCCGCCGCUGCUGUUCAGGUCCCCAUCGGUGCCGAGGACGAGUUCGAGGGUGUCGUUGAUUUGAUCCGCAUGAAGGCCCUAUACAACGUUGGCGGGAGUGGUGAGGAGAUCGUGGAGAAGGAUGAAAUCCCCGAGAAGGUCAAGGCCAUUGCCGAGGAGCGCCGCACUAUGCUCAUCGAGACUCUUGCCGAUGUUGAUGAUGAGAUCGCGGAGAUGUUCUUGGAAGAGGUCAUUCCUAGCGAGGAUCAGAUCCGUGCCGCCAUCCGCCGUGCUACUAUUGGCUUGAAGUUCACCCCUGUCUUCAUGGGAUCUGCUCUGGCUAACAAGUCAGUUCAGCCCAUGCUGGACGGUGUUAUUGACUUCCUUCCUAACCCCGCCGAGGUUGAGAACCUUGCCCUUGACCAGAAGCGCGACGAAGCGUCCGUCAAGCUUGUCCCCUAUAACUCUCUUCCUUUUGUUGGUCUGGCCUUCAAGCUGGAAGAGAGCAACUUUGGUCAACUGACCUACAUCCGUGUCUACCAGGGUACUCUCCGUAAGGGCGCCAAUGUCUUCAACGCUCGCAACAGCAAGAAGGUCAAGGUUCCCCGUAUUGUCCGCAUGCACUCCAACGAUAUGGAGGAAGUCAGCGAGAUUGGCGCUGGUGAGAUCUGUGCCGUGUUCGGUAUUGAGUGUGCAUCUGGUGACACCUUCACGGAUGGAACUCUCGGCUACAGCAUGUCCUCCAUGUUCGUUCCCGAGCCCGUCAUCUCGCUCUCUAUCAAGCCCAAGCAGAGCAAGGACGGUGCCAACUUCUCCAAGGCCAUGGCCCGCUUCCAGAGAGAGGACCCUACUUUCCGUGUAUCCUACGAUAGCGAGAGUGACCAGACCAUUAUCUCCGGAAUGGGUGAACUCCACCUUGACAUCUACGUCGAGCGUAUGCGUCGUGAGUACCGUGUCGAUUGCGAGACUGGUCAGCCCCAAGUCGCCUACCGUGAGACUAUCGGCAACCGCGUUGAGUUCGACCACCUGCUCAAGAAGCAGUCCGGUGGACCUGGUGAAUUCGCCCGUGUUAUGGGAUUCAUGGAGCCUACCGGCGUCCUCGAGGAGAACAAGUUCGAGCAGCAAGUUAUUGGAGGCAGCAUUUCGGAGAAGUUCCUGUACGCUUGCGAGAAGGGUUUCAACCUCUCUUGUGAAAAGGGUCCUCUGAUCGGCCACAAGGUUCUCGGUACUCGCAUGGUCAUCAACGACGGUGCUACUCACAUGACUGAUUCUUCUGAAAUGUCCUUCAAGAACGCCACCCAGCAGGCGUUCCGCAAGGCCUUCGCAGAAAGUCAGCCCUCUGUUCUGGAACCUCUCAUGAAGACGGUCGUGACCGCUCCCACUGAGUUCCAGGGUGAUGUCAUCGGCCUGCUGAACAAGCGCGGUGCCACUAUCAACGACACCGAGACUGGUGUUGACGAGUUCACUGUCUACGCUGACUGCAGUCUGAACGGCAUGUUCGGCUUCAGCAGUAACUUGCGUGCCGCUACUCAGGGCAAGGGUGAAUACACCAUGGAGUUCAGCCACUACGAGAAGGCUCCUCCUCACAUGCAAAAGGAACUCAUUGCCAAGUACCUGAAGGCCCAGGCCGACAGACACAAGAAAUAA